AUGACGAGCGCAAACACACUGCAGGGCAAAGUCGCCAUCGUGACCGGCGGCGCGAGCGGCAUCGGGCUCGAAGUGGUGAAGCAGCUGCUCUCCCUCGGCGCGAACGUGACCGUAGUCGACCUCUCCCCCGCCUCGCUUGCCGCCGCCGUCGCCGGCCUGGACGCAGGCGACCGGGUCCUCUCGGUCCAGGGGGACACGACGCUCGAAGCGACGUCGGAGCGCGUCACCGCCGAGACACUUGCGCGCUGGGGACGCGUCGACUAUGCCGUCCUCGCCGCCGGCACGGCGUGGCCCACCGCCCGCAGCUUCCUCGAUACGAGCGAGAAGGAGUGGGACUUUAUCAUGGGCGUGAACGCCAAGGGCGUCUUCUUCGGCAUGAAGCACGCGCUCAAGGGCAUGCUCGCGUCCCCUGGCGGCGGCGCAGACUGCGCGGUGGUUGCCAUCGCUAGCACGGCCGGGCUGGAGGGCGUGGCUGGCCACGCAGACUACGCCGCGAGCAAGUUUGCCGUGCGUGGGCUUGUUGCGAACGCCGCGGCAGAGUUUGGCCCCAAGGGCGUGCGUGUGAAUGCCGUGUGUCCGGGAUUCACCGAUACGCCGCUCACCGCGGGCCGCACCGUCAUGGGCGAGGCGGCCAAGGCGCGCUCGUCGCUCAAGCGUAGUGGCCGCCCCGAGGAGAUUGCCGACGCCUGCGUCUUCCUGCUUUCCCCGCAAAGCAGCUUUGUCACUGGUAUCUCUAUGCGCGUCGACGGCGGGUGCGCCAAGUUUAUGUAG